AUGUUCCCUUCAUGGCUAGAGUACUCUCCAACAAAUGAUGCUGCUUAUUGUUUGCUUUGUUACUUAUCUAGUGAAAAACCAAAUGGGAAUCCUACAGCUGACGUCUUUACUAGAAAAGGAUUUAAAGCAUGGAGAAAAAUCAAUUAUGGAAAGUGUUGUGCUUUUCUUAAACAUAUUGGAGAGAGUCCUUGUUCAUCUCACAAUAAUGCAGUGAAAGCUUCUCAAGACUUGUUCAAUCAAUCUAUGAACAUCAGAUUUGCACUUAAUGAGCAAAGUUCCGAGCAAAUCCUCCAUAAUAGACUUCGUCUCAGGUGCUCUAUCGAUUCAGUUCGUUGGCUCACUUUUCAAUCUUGUGCUUUUAGAGGACAUGACGAAAAACCUACUUCAAAAAAUAGAGGUAAAUUUCUUGAAAUGGUUAAACUGUUAGCAUCAUACAAUGAUGAACUUGCUAAAGUAGUGCUAGAGAAUGCUCCAUAUAACGGAAAGUAUACAUCUCAUGCAAUUCAAAAGGAACUUUUGCAAAUCAUGUCUUGUAAAGUGAAACACUACAUUCGGGAAGAGAUUGGAGAUUCUAAAUUUUGCAUAAUUGUUGACGAAUCGCGUGAUGAAUCUCUUAGGGAGCAAAUGGCUAUUAUUUUGAGGUUUGUGGAUAAACAUGGUUGCAUACAAGAACGAUUUUUUGAGCUUGUGCAUGUAAAUGACACCAUGGCUAUCACACUUAAAAAAGAAGUUUGUGAUGUUCUUUCUAUGCAUGGUCUUCAUGUUUCAGAUAUCCGCGGGCAAGGACUACAACUUGCUUUGGUUGCUGCGUCUAGAGAAGUUUUCGCUAUUCAUGAUUUUUUUUCUCACUUGACUUUUAUUGUCAAUGUUGCAUGUUCCUCUACUAAGCGUAAUGAUGAAUUGCAAAAGGCCAUAUCAGCUGAGAUUAUUAAUUUGCUAGAGAUUGGUGAAAUUGAGAGUGGUAAAGGACAAAAUCAGAAAAGCAAUCAUAAACGAGCUGGAGAUACUCGUUGGAGCUCACAUUUUGGUUCUAUUUGUAGUAUGAUAAAUCUACAUAAUCCAACUUGUGUGGUUCUUCAAGAAAUUCGGAAGACUGGAUCAAGUUAUACUACGCGUGGGGAUGCUAAUGCUGCUCAUAAACUUUUGAAAUCAUUUGAGUUCACAUUGAUUUUGCACAUCAUGAAAGAGAUUAUGGGAAUUACAGAUCGUCUUUGUCAAGCUUUGCAACAGAAAUCCCAAGAUAUACUUAAUGCUAUGCAAUUAGUCAGCUAUACAAAAACAUUAAUUCAGAAGUUGAGAGAUGAUGACUGGGAUGAUUUGUUGAAAAAUGUAAUAUUAUUUUGUGAAAAACACGAAAUUUAUUCCCCUGAUUGUAAUGCUGUUUACAUAGAGCGUGAAGGUCGCGCUCGUCAUCAAAUGGAUCACAUCACAGUGGGUCAGCAUUUUAGAGGGAAUCUCUUUUGUGUUACAAUUGAUCAACAAUUGCAGGAAUUGAAUCACAGGUUUUGUCCGGAAACAAUGGAGCUUUUAAUUCUAAGCAAUAGUUUGGUUCCAAAGGAUGUUUACAAAGCAUUUGAUAUAGAUAAUAUAUGUGCUCUUGUACAUAAAUUUUAUCCAUUAGAUUUCAGUGAGCAAGACAAAAAAAUUUUGAGAUAUCAUCUUCAUUUCUUCCAUCUUGAUGCUGUUAGUCAUCCAGGUUUGAAUAAGUUGUCAACUAUGUCUGAAUUGUGUGAAGCUCUCAAUACGACAGGGAAGGCGGAUACACAUUACUUGGUUGAUCGUUUAAUCCGCCUUAUCUUAACUCUUCCGGUUUCUACAGCUACUACAGAAAGAUCAUUUUCAACAAUGAAGUUAAUCAAGACAAGAUUGCGUAACAAGAUGGAGGAUGAAUUUCUUGCUGACAGUAUGAUGCUUUAUAUUGAAAAAGAAAUAGCCGAUCAAUUUAGUACUGAUUCAAUUAUUGACGAGUUCAAGUCUAAAAAAGACCGAACCGUUAAAUUUUAA